AUGACUUCCGCUACUACUCAGAUCCUCCCUCCCGCCUCCAACAGCGGGUUGCAGCAACCAAGGGAUGACCUCCCGUCACUGUGGCGGGAUGUGGCCGGCAGGGACAACUGGGCCGGCAUGCUUGACCCGAUCGACCCACUCCUCCGGGCGGAGCUCAUGCGGUACGGCGAGUUUGCGCAGGCCUGCUACGACGCCUUCGACUUCGACCCCUACUCCCGGUACUGCGGCGGCUGCAAGUACACCCCCCGCUGCUUCUUCGAGUCGCUUGGCAAGGGGAACGCUGGCUACGAGGUCACGCGUUACCUCUACGCCACCUUGGACGUGAAGCUCCCCAACUUCUUCCGGUGGUCGAAGAGAAAAGAUCCUGGAGCGAGUCCGCUAACUGGAUCGGCUACGUCGCCGUGUCCGACGACGCCACCACGGCGCGCCUCGGCCGCCGUGAUAUAGCAGUUUGCUGGCGCGGCACGGUGACCGAUCUGGAAAAGAUUGCCGACCUGACGGAGGUCCAGCAGCCGGUGCACGCCGAGGGGAUACCCACCCCAGACCGCUCCGUGAAGGUGAUGGCGGGCUUCGUGAACCUCUACACGGAUAAGAACACGGCCGACCGCUACUCCAAGUACUCCGUCAGGGAGCAGGUGCUGGCCGAGGUGAGGCGGCAGGUGCUGCGGUACGCCGAGGAACGAGGAGAAGAGGUCAGCAUCUCCAUUACAGGGCACAGCCUCGGCAGCGCCCUUGCCACCCUCAGCGCAUACGACUUGGCGGAAGUUGGGCUAAAUAGACUGGCGCCGGCGGGGGGGAAGGAGAGGGUGCUACCGGUGACCGUGUACUCGUUUGCGGGGCCGAGACUUGGGAACGAAAGCUUCAAGGACAGGUUCGAGAAGGCACUCGGCUUGAAGUGUCUUCGAGUGCUGAACGUUCACGACGUUGUGCCCACUGUCCCCGGAGUUGUAAUCAACGAAGACACCCCGGGGUUGCUGCGCAGCGCAGGGGCCUUGAUUCCGUGGAGCUACUGGCACGUAGGCGUGAAGCUGGCGCUCGAUUAUCGCCGAUCACCGUUCCUCCAAGACACAAAAUUCGAUUUCUUCGGCUUCCACAAUCUCGAGACUCACCUCCACCUCCUCGACGGGUAAGUACUUUUCGUCACCGCGCAACAGUGUAAAUGCAGCGAGGCAUUAGAAGCGAGAACCGAGGUGGGGACCAGAGCCCUCUGAUUCCUCACCUGCCAUUGCAUUGGGAUUUACAGGCACCACGGGACGGGACGGAGUUUCGCGAUGGUGAGCGGACGGGACCCGGCGCUGGUUAACAAGAGUUUGGACUUUCUCAAGGAGGAACACAUGGUGCCCCCGAAGUGGCGCCAGGACGCCAACAGGGGACUGACCCGCACCGCCAACGGGCGAUGGACACAGCCAGCGCGCACCAGGGAUGACGACCACCCUGCCGACAUCGACGACUAG